AUGGAGGGAACCGGUGACUUGGCGUCACUCAACAUUGACCUAAACGAUUUCCCGCACAACUCGUUGGACGGUAAAGGCGUGCGUACUGCUUUAGGUGAUAUGAGUGUUACACAUACGUUGGAGGACAUCGAUUAUAAGCAUCUGUUGAAAGAGGAAAUGGCAAAAUCGAAGCGUCUACAGAAGACCCUUGGUUUCCAGGAAGCAAUGAAGAAUUCUAUUGAGCUAAAUAUGUGCUCUAAGUCAGCAAGGUUACCCGGUAUUAAGAGCAGUAUGCUUUCAGUAGAGGUAUUAAUGGACAAGCUGGAUACAUUGGAGCCAUAUGAAUAUAUGAACGUGGAGAAGCCACGCAACGAAUUUGGUAUCGGCGGUUUACAUUCGCUGCUCGAAAACAAGUUCAACAUAUGA